AUGAGCUGCAAUGAGCCCCUUUGUGUCGGCCGCCUCGUCUUUGAAUUGAAUCUCGAGGCCUCUCUGAAAAAAACGACGACCAAUUUCACUGCACUGUGUACGGGGGAGAAAGGAAAGUGUAAGAAUGCACGUAACAAAGAGCUAUAUUACUUGGGAUGCCCGAUACAUCGCAUCGUGAGAGAUUUCGUGGCACAGGGGGGCGAUGUUACAAGGGGGGAUGGCAGUGGUGGUGAGUCGAUAUAUGGAGGCAAAUUCAACGAUGAAAAGGAUGGCUUGAAGAUCAAGAUGAGAAGAGGAACCCUGGCGAUGGCCAACUCCGGCAAAAAUACAAAUUCUUCCCAGUUCUUCGUUGUGCUCACGGAUGACGAGACGCAGCUCGCAAAGUUGAACGGCAAAUAUGUGGCGUUUGGGGAAUUGAAAGCGGGAAUCGAGGUGCUGGACAAGUUGAAUAAAGUUGCUGGCGUCGAUGGGAAACCCAGUGUUCCGGUGUGGAUUGGCGGAUGCGGGAAGGGGACCGCAAACUGA